AUGAGGUUCUCAGCUCGUUUUCUUGGAGUUGUUCUCUUAAUUGUUUUUAUCAGUGGCAUGGUUUCUGCUGACAUGUUUGGUAGGCGGUUGCUUGGUGCUGGUGGCUCAGGCGGAGGCGGAGGCGGUUUAUUUGGCGGGGGAAUUGGUGCCGGUGGAAGUAGUUCCUAUUUAGGAAGUGCUGGUACUGGAAUAGGUGGAGGAUUGCAUGGUGGUAGUGGUAGUGGCUCUGGUGGUGGAAGUAAUGACCAUUUAGGAAGGCGGUUGCUUGGCGGUGCAGGUGGCUCAGGCGGUGGUGGUGGCGGUUUAGGGGGGUUGGGAACUGGUAUUGGUGGAAGUAAUGACCAUAUAGGAAGUGGUGGUACUGGAUUUGGUGGAGGAUUGGUUGAGGGUAGUGGGAGUGGCUCGGGUGGUGGACACUAA